GUUGUAGAUAUCGUAAAUAAUCGCAGAAAAGUUCAAACUUCAAAGUUUACAUAUUGGUAUUUGGAUUAUGGAGAACCUGGUUCUCAUUAUUCACGAUAUAAGAUGCGAUAAUAACACCGGUGGUGUUCAGUCUUGCUUUUACUUUCAUUAGUAACGUGUCGUGCUUUAUUCGUUCAAAAUGCUUUCAUCCGUUUUCGGAAAACAAUACAAACUCCAAUCGAGUGAAAAUUUUGAUGACUACAUGAAAGCCUUGGGUGUAGGUAUAAUGACACGUAAAAUGGGAAGCAGCGUGAGUCCCGUGAUUGAACUAACAGAGAACAAUGGAGUGUAUACGUUGAAAACGACUAGCGCAUUCAAGAACUCUGAAAUAAAAUUCAAGCUUGGUGAAGAAUUUGAUGAAGAAACAGCAGACGGAAGAAAAGUGAAGUGUGUCUGCACUUUAGAUGGAAAUAAACUUAUUCAAGUACAAAAAGGAGAAAAGGAAACCACUAUUGAAAGAGAAUUCACGCCGACAGAAAUGAAAGCGAUCAUGAAAGUUGAUGAUAUCGUAUGUACAAGAGUAUACAAGGUUCAAGAAUAAAGAUGUUAUUUAAGGAAAUAAUAUUCCUUAAUGAAUUAAAAAUUGAUUAAUGAUGUUGAAAGUUGUUCUCGCUAAUUAAGGGCAAUAUAUUGUUUUCAUAACUGUAAAAAAAUAAACUUUUUUACACGCAGAAUAAUACAUAUGAACGCAUAAAUAUGAUACAGCUGGUAUUAUUUUCAAAUAAGAGUUUAAUAUUUCGCAGUAUGAUACGAUAUAUGAAUAUAAUGUUACUCAUAUUCAUAUACGUAAGACGAAAAUUAUGUUGCAUUUUGAAAGUAUCAAAUAUUUCUAUAUUUUUUACGCAUCUUUAAAUGUUAUUCAUAUGCUUCCAUGUAUGUUAUAUCCAUUAUGGAUACAUUGAACGAAAUUUCAGAACAAAUAAAGAAUAAUUUUGAA